GUCAGGAACAGUUUUGUUGCCAUGACGCCUUGUACAGCAGUGAUGCAGAGUCUUCGCACACACUUUAAAGAGUAUUUUAAGUGUGAUUUUUGAAACUCAUUCUACUAUCCUACAUACUCGUACUAAGCGAACGUGACAACCCAUACGUCCUGUACGGAGCAAGUAAGUGUACCUCAUCACAUCUUAAUUUCACUGUGUCAGUGCAUUUGGGAGGUGGAGUAGAGUCCUCGUAUUAACUUUUACGGCGUCGAAAUGAGUCUGCAUACCAAAGUGUGUCUUGUGGUAUUGGGGACCUUCAUAGCCUUUCUUCUCGUUCAAAACGAAUGUAGAAAGCUUGAAGGAUACAAGUUUCCAGUGUACACAACGGCUUUUUGUCCCAGAAUUCAAACAGAAUGGACUGAAAGGUCGUCAGCUCUAAAAUGUAACAAAAGUAAUGGCUACAUGUGUAUACCAAACGAAAGCAUCGAUCAGCUCUUGGAGUUCUGUUACAGAGAACCUGUUGAGAGAGUUCAGAAAGGUAUUUGUUUAUAUCUAAUAAAAAGCGUUUCACUGGUUCAAUCAUACAACUGCAGUAGUUUUGAGCAAGGAUGUCCUGAUCACUCUUUCUUCAGCAGUGAAUUUUUCAAACACCCGGCUUGCAUUUCAAUUGGAAAUAGAUGUUUUCUUGCUGAACAAUCUUGUAAAAGUAUAACGCCACCUCAUAUUCAAAGUACCACACAGCAAUUUGAGAGUGUCAACAAAUGGAAUGGAAGUACAACAACACACCCUCAGCAAUCGUCAGAACAUCCUCAAUUAGACAAUGUACCGAUCAACGACAAUGACGACGCUUUACUUGUUCCAAUCCUUUUAGGAAUAUUCAUUCCUCUCUGUUUUCUCUCUUUGCUGUGCGGCUAUUACAUAAAAAGAAAAUAUCAAAUAUGCGAAACUAAUGGUGAUGUAGAAGACCAGAAUUGGAACACCUUAUGCAAUCAAACAAUGAAGAAUCACGAAUUGAAAAGGCCAUAUUCGAUCAAUGGAAACAAGACGAAGACUGUUUUAUUUCAACAAAGGCGUGUAAUGAAGUAGAAAAAGAAAUUAAAAGCAGGAGCAUGGUAAUUGUGGCUGGUCACUCGGGAUCCGGAAAGUCAGCCAUUAUUCA